AUGUCACCGUACGUUGCUGCCUCCUGUGAUUCGGACGAAGACAUCAAACAGGCCCCAACCCAUACCUGCUCUCCCUCACUCAUCACUGUCGGCCAAUCGCUUCCAGAACCUUUUAAUGGUCUCGAACAGCUGCACCCCGUCAUCCGAGAAUUUCAAGAGUUGAUUGAAAAUGACGCCGAUAUAUACAUGAGCUUCAAUCAAAUGUUUGAGCAGGUCUGGCUCCAGCCUCCAUACGACAAAGACCCGACAGGAAAACCUCAGAUCCGUGACUACGUCACUAUGCUGCGCCUCUUUAACGAGAUAAUUCGUAAAGCUCCUGUGUUUGAGUCGAACGAUUUCGUCGGUUUCCCUAUCAAUACUAUUUUGGAUUGGCCUAUGGCAACGCCUGCCGGCUAUCGAGCUUUUACGAACACCAAAGUCAACGCAAUGUUCCAAAAAAUGUUCAAAGUUUGGGCUGCGUUCCUUGUUUCACCAGAAUCAUGUUCGGUUUUAACCGACACUUCGAAUGGAUGGUUUGGACCUGCUGCUAUGCAGGCCAUGCCCAAUUUUGCAGAGACGUUUGUUUGCAAACCAUCAGCGCCUUACUACGGCUUUACCUCGUGGGACGAUUUUUUUACCCGUGUCUUCCGGCCAGGUAUCCGCCCAGUAGCUUCAACCGAGGAUGAUUCUGUCAUCACUAGUGCCUGCGAAUCGACCGUCUACAAGAUCGCUUACAACAUCAAGAAGCGGGAUGCUUUUUGGCUCAAAGGCGAACCGUAUUCAUUAUCCCACAUGCUGGAUAAUGAUCCAUUGGCCAAGCACUUCGUUGGCGGGACCAUAUGUCAGGCUUUCCUCCACGCUCUUAAUUAUCACCGAUGGGCAGCUCCUGUAAGUGGGCAAGUGGUAAAGACGGUCAAUAUACCGGGAACGUACUAUGCAAAGUCACCCAUUAUGGGUUUCAUUGACGGGAAAGGCCCGGAUCCAAAUGAUCCAAAUCUCAACCAGGCAUUCAUCACGUCGCUUGCCACGCGGGCUUUGAUAUUUAUUGAAGCAUCCAAUCCAUCUAUUGGGUUGAUGUGCUUUGUCGCCGUCGGAAUGGGUGAGGUAUCAACAUGUGAAGUCACUGUUAAGCAAGGGCAGGAGGUGAAGAAGGGCGAUGAGUUGGGAAUGUUUCGCUAUGGAGGGUCCACUCACUGUUUGAUCUUUCGUCCUGAAACGAAACUACAGUUUCAUGCCGACUACAAGGUCAAUGCUGCUGUCAAGCUCAACGUUGCGAUCGCACAGGUUGUGUCGUGA